GGGCAGUGUUGCACUUUCCACAGUAGAGUGCCGCUGUAGAGUAAUUGAAUGAAGAAGACGAGGGAACAUACUGGUCACGAAUGUGUUAGGGAAAAUACUGUAUAUCAAGAAUUUCUACAUUUCUGUGCAGCCUGUAACCUUUGCAUGUAGAACCACCGGGGGAUUGUGGAGAGGUCGGCUCCUGUGAGAACAACGAGUAAACCGGGAAGCGCUCAGCGGGAACAGUUAUGUAAACAGUCAGCAGCUGGCUGACUGAGCUGGUCUCUAUGGCACAGUUAGCAAACAAGCUAACGCUGAUCAAUAGAGUGUCACCUGAAGUCUUCAUGGUGACACACUCCAUGGAGAAUUCAUGAAGAGGCAUGGCAAGUAAGAGGAGUGGAGUUGAGACAACGGGGUCUUUGGGUUGUUCACACCUGAAUAUUCACAUGAAAGGAUUACCUCGUUUUAUUUUACAUGAAAUGACGACGUUCAGCUGCUGCCUCCUCCUCAGACUCAGCGGGUCUCAGUGAUGCUGCUGACGGCUGGACUAAUGCCCCGGUCGUCGGAAUUGGGACAGAGCACUCAGAGCACGGCAUCAUAAACCAUGAAGAACUGCGAGUACCAACAAAUCGACCCGCAGACUCUUCAGACACCAACCCCGACCCCUCCACCCCAUCUUCAUGGAAAAGAGAGCAAACAGAGAGAGGAGGAAGAGGAGGAACCCAAGAGACCGAGGAGAAAGUGGGAAGUUUUCCCCGGAAAGAACCGCUUCUACUGCGAUGGACGGAUCAUGUUGGCCAGGCAGAGUGGGGUCCUACCCCUCACACUGGGCCUUAUCCUCGUCACAUGUGGAUUAUUCUUUGUGUUUGAGUAAGUUCAUGUUUCAUAUGUUUCAAUCUUGAGUUUAAGUUUUGCAUAGAAACGAUUCAACUAUUUAUGAAACACUUGUUCUUCUUGGAUAGGGGGUUCAAUCAAUUAGUGAUGGGCACGGCAGUUCUUUUAGAUGCACUGAAUCACCAGAAUCAGUUCACUUGAAAGAUUCGUUCAUCGAAUCACCGAAUCAUUCAGUGCUUGGCGGGAGGAGCCUGUGACUCCGACCUCCUGAACUGAUACACAACUGAACGGUUCAGGAUUCGGUUCAAUUUAUAGCUUGUGGGACUGGGAGACGAGAGUGUUUGGAGGUGUUGCUUUGGCGAACAGGUUUGUAAAAAUGAACUUGUAUAUAAGUUGUGAUGUUUUGAGUGUACUGUCCUAUGGUAUGCUGUUUACCAGGUCUGCUCGGUAAAUUGGGCUCAGUUAGUGAUUCGUUCACUGAACAUUUAGAAAAAUUCAAACUGAACAUGCACCGUUCCCUCGCAAACCGCUGCAAUGAUAGGAUGCUGCGGGUUUAAUGCACUACAUGUUACAAGAUUUAUUCUUAAAUAAAAAAAGAAAGAUAUUUGAACUUAAAAAUCGAUUUAAAAAAAUAAUUAAAAAAAAAAAAAUCACGAUACAUAUGUGAAUCGAUUUUUCUCCACCCCUAGUCAAUAAGUCUGUCCACAAAUAUGAAUCUAUAAAAAUGCUUUAGCAGUUCUGGGAAGGUUAGUUACUUUUUAUUUUGUGAGUUAGUUGUCAGUUUUGCCUUUACAAUAACUCGAACACAUCCAAAUGUUUGUCCCCCUCCCUGGUUUAGCAUCCUCUUUUCUAAAUGAUAUCUAUAUUUCCUGUCCACUCCCUAGCUAGAGUUGAACUCUGUUAUGCUGCCCUGAAUGAUGCAGUUUAUUGUUGCUUGUGACUUAUCUGUCAUUUUAAAAAAUCUGUGACAUAACUUGAUGUAUUUUUCUGGAUCUUUCAAAGUCCAUCUAAUCCAUCUCUGGUUCAGAUUACUAUAGACUGUAAGAAUAUGAAUGAAUAAUACAUGAAAAUUGGGUGUUUUUUGAUCUUUUUUGGAUUUUGUUAUGUAAAAGAUUAAAAAAAAAAAACUGUAGGAGCCUUCCUGACCUCUAACUAUCAGCAUUGGUUGUAAAAACUUUAUUAAUGAAACAAAAAAAUUAAAAAGAAAUAUAUAUUAAUAUAUAUUUAAUAAAGAUGUGUCUUGAUUAGUAAAAUUAAAUAAGGAACCGCCACCUUAAGCCUGAUCUCUACUAAAGCGAUAUCUCAAUUCUGACAUAAUUCAGUUUAAAAGGUUAGGUUUUAUAAUAUAGUUCAGCAGUGUUUGAUGUAAAGCUUGUAAAUCAGAGCUCUUUUUGUACAACCCUAACAGCGCUUGUUUUAUUAAGUAUAUUAAAUACUAGAUAUAGAGCUUGGAUCUGAAAAUGUCACUCUCUCUGUCACAGUGUGGUAAAAACUAUGCUCCAUCUCCAGGGGUUCAAAUGGUGGUUGAAGUAACCGAGCGUUAAUUAAGAUAGCUUUCAAAGUAGAUGUUAGAAGUAGGCUUAGUCAAAUGAGGCUGGGGCUGCGUUCCAUUUUCCAGCCUCUGAAAUAAUAAUUAAUAAUAUAAUUAUGUUUUUUUCCUCUUUGUCUCACACUACAGCUGUCCAUUCUUGGUCAUACACCUGACAAGCUGCAUACCUUUUAUUGGAGGAAGCUUGUUUGUAUUUGUGGUCAUCACCUUGCUCCAGACCAGCUUCACUGACCCCGGCAUCCUGCCCAGAGCAACACCUGAUGAGGCUGCAGAUAUUGAAAAACAGAUCGGUAAGACUCGGUUAUAAGUAGGGUCAGGACUAUACAGAAAAAUAAUCAUGGUCAUUUUAAGAGCUCAUCUUAUGUAGGCCUGUCACGAUAACGAAUUUUGCUGGACGAUAAUUGUGCUACAAAUUAUCGCCGAUAAACGAUAUUAUUGACACCAUUUUUUAAAUUAUAGAUAAUGAUAUUAUAUGGCAUAAUAAUGCGAGUACACCAUGUCAAAAGUGAUAAACUUUAAUUUCCACACGAGAACAACACUGGUUGUUUUCGUUGACUAAAAUAUUUCCCUUUUCUCCCACGACGAAGACGUAACGUUGACGAGCUAAACAUAAGUCGGAGAUGACUAAAAUGUGACGAGACGAAAGUGCGUUUAUGUUGAUGGGACGAGACGAAAAUGACGAACAGAGUUGCAAAACUCAGUCAGUUAAACGCUAAACAUACAGGAGCAGCUUCAGUCCGCUCUGACAGCUCUCAUCAGCCUGCUGUGCUCCUCCAACACACAGACACACACGCGCGCGCACACAAACACGUGGAGUUUUGUGGUUGACGAAAACAAAACUGGUUUAAAGCCUAAAUAUUCCCACACUUGGGCUGUUGCGUUCGGUUUAGACACCAAAGCUGUCGUGUUCAUUCUGUUAGCUUGCUUUUCACUCACGACGCUCACUUGCAGCACUGUAUCCAAAAGUUUGUGUCUGUGUGCCUGUGCGCGCCAGCCCCCUCGUGACAAAGACACUGAAUGACUGACAGGAGGGUUCACUAACUCCGUUCAUUACGCUAUAGAGCCAACGCCCCCAGGUGCCGAGAAAAAUGUGCAGAGUGAGACCUCUUCUCUCAUCCAGCGUGUUUGGUAGCGAGAGAGGAGGAAAACAAACGCACGUCAAUUAUCGAGGCUGGCAAAGUUAUCGACCUCGUUUUUAUUUAUCGAGCGAUAAGGCGAUUUAUUGAUUAUCGCGACAGGCCUAAUCUUAUGUUUCUCUUCCUGCUCACAGUAAAAAGUCUGUUCCUUCCUUUUAAAGUGAUUUGCAUGAAAAAAAAAUCUUCUUGUCUGUUACUGACCUGAAGUUGUCAAUUUCAACAAAAUCUGCAUUGUUUCUGUGUUUUUGUUUUUGACUAUUGUCUUGGAGCUCUGUAAAAAAGCUGCUUUGUUCCUAGAUGUAUUGACUUGCAAACUUGCUGAUGCAAUGUCCUUGAAUCAAAUUACUAGAGUUGUUUAUUUUGCCCAGAGUAAAUAGUCCUAUGAGAUUGCUGCAUGAAACCAAUACUACCAUUAGCACCAGACUCUCUCUAUAUCUUUUCUCCUUCUUGAAACUAUUGACCCUUAAAGGGAUAUUCCAGCGUAAAAUUAAUUUAGGGUCAAACACACCAUAACACUGAAUUAGCCACCCCCUCGAGAGAUGAAUGUUGCUGACCGCUUGUUUCUCUGGUUACACCAACUUUAGUAACGAUCGCAUGAUAGCAAUACACAGCGGUCCCAGGAGCCAUGCACUCAAUCAAAAUGCCACUCUAUAGCCACAAAUAAUGCUCAGAACAGCACCUAACUUCAUCAACAGUACAUAUAGGGUCCCAGCUAUAGUACUAGCCACCAAACAUCUUUUUAGCUUUGCCUGGUUACUUUAGCAAAGAGACUAAACACAACUAACCCACUCUCCUCCAGCAGCCGCUUGAUGAGUCGAUCACCGACUGCAGUGGAGUUUCGCAGCUCAAGGAAGAACAUUUAUGAAAAUUACUUUAUCAUUUCUUUGAAGUAAUAAUCACCAUAAUAAUCAUUUUGUACUGCAGACACUGUAGUUCUUCUGCUUUAGCAUCUCGGUCUGAUUGCAUUUCCAUGAAGAAAUGAUCAUAAAUGUUCUUCCUUGAACUGCGUCACCCCGUUGCAGUCUGUGAUGGAUAUCUCAACAGUGCAAUUAGAUUAUGAAGAUGUGAUAUUUAUGACAUUAUCAAGAAUGACAUAUCUUUCAAUGUUUUAGUUUUUUUGUUGUUUUUCACUCAUUUGGUUUUGUUCAGGCUUCAGAGCUGAGAUAGUGAAUGUAUUAGUUUUCUAUCCUCUCCUUUUUUUCCACUGUAAAUCUCUAACAUAUGGCGGCUUCUAAAGGGGUAGUGAUUGUUUUCCAAGUUCCGUUUCACAAAAAUAAAACAUUUGACACUUUAAAGGUUCAAAAUACAAUCUGCGAAAAGUCUCAUCAUCUCACCUCAGUGUGAUGAAUCUCUGUUGGCAUCCAUGAGAGCAGAUUUUUUUUUCUGGAAGGCUGACUCCUGAAGCUUUGACCAGGAGAUUCAUCAUCCCAACCUGUCCCUAUUUUUCACUUCAAAUGGUCCAUCGGGUCUGUUCACUGUCAGUUUGAGUCUUGCCAACAGUAUCUAUCCCUUUCAUCUAACAUGCUUCACUGUAAUGACCUCGGUGUCAAAAACUGGCUUUAUGUUCUCCUCUCCUCCUACACAGGACCAAAGUUGAGGCCAUGGUAGUGUCAGAUGUUGAAAUAACCCAAGUAUGCUGCUGUUGUUUGAUUUAUUUUUGAAACCUAGCCUCUGACAGAAGCAGCACAAUAUUCAACCAGUCUGUCUUUGAUAAAUUCUUUGAGCAUUUUUACUCAACAUUGAGACUUCAGUAGGCUUUGGCUAAAUUCAAAGAAAGCUGCGUUAAGAGUUUCCCAAAAGCAGGUAUAGUAUGGCCAAUUUAUAUCUUAGUAGCAUUUCUGUAUUUUUUUCGAAAGUCCCUGUGAGAAGCUUUAUCUGACUGUGAAACAAACUGAAAUACCAUUUAUUGACUUUUUAUGACCUUAAAAAGUAAAUAAAGCCAUUAGCAACAAAAUAGAUGAUUUCUGUGCUUGAUUUUUAAUGCCUGCAAUCAGGUUUCAGACUUAAGUGUAGAUAGCAAGCUUGAAAAUAACACCUUUUUUGGUUUUUCCACAACAAACAUUCGCUAUGAGUGACACACUAAACUGUUAAAAGACAACAGGAUGAGAUAUUGUUGAUUAAAAAGUCAGUCUUUGUUGCUUUAAGGUUAAUUGACCAUUGAGCCCAUUUGUUUUCCUUGCAGACAACCCUGGAAACAGCAGCUACCGGCCUCCACCACGCACUAAAGAGGUCCUUAUCAACCAACAGGUGGUGAAGCUCAAGUACUGCUUCACCUGCAAGAUGUUCCGACCGCCACGCACCUCCCACUGCAGCCUGUGUGACAACUGUGUGGGUGAGCUGCAACACCACACACCAACACACUGACAUUUGCCUGUGAUAAAUUAUGAAUAGAAACCACACAGGUGGUUUCUCCAGUCAGCAUCAUUUCGUCACUCUGAUUCUGGAAUGUUUGAAUCUGAAACUGUCAAAAUUCUUCUUUAAUGAAAACAAAAAUAAACAACAACAUCAACAAAUUUGUUUAGUCUUCUCCGCUGUGUUUUUUCUCCAGAGCGAUUUGACCAUCACUGCCCAUGGGUGGGGAACUGUGUCGGUAAACGAAACUACCGUUUCUUCUACACCUUCAUCGUGUCGCUGUCCUUCUUGACGGCGUUUAUCUUCGGCUGCGUGACAACACACCUCGCACUAAGUGAGUGUUCAUGCGCCCAUUCGAAAUAAUAAAAAAAGACUGAUGUUGGCUCCACUGUUUAUUUUGUGCUGGUUUAUUUUCGUCUUCGUCUCAACUCCAAAGUGAUUAUAAUAUAGUUUCAAUCCUUGAUAAUUUUAGUAUAAUUUAAGUUGGCAGCGUUUCAAAACAUUUCAGUCGAGUAUCAAGGUCUCAAAGAUUUUCAGUGUUUGAGUUGGCAACAUUUCACCCUCAGAACACUUUUACUUCUGUGAUAUCUGGAUUCCUUACCUGUCGGAUCAUUUAGCAUAGACUCUUUCAUAAAGCACUGCUGCUGCGCCCUCUGCUAAACUCUUACAGAUAGUAGGAUCUCACUCAAAGUACCUGCUUGAUGCAAUUGUUUUUGUCAAUUUGAGCAGUUAAUGUGUCUGAUAGAAAAUCUGCCAAAUGGUUAUUUUAAUUUGCUGGUUUGUGUCUGCUUUUGUUUUUCCCCCAUUCAGCUCCCUUUCAGAUUCAUUACUUUGUAUUUUAUUCAGACGGGACAAGAGUCAGAAUUACAAGAACAUAUUUGAGCUUGACAGCUCACAUGUAGAGAGAAAACUAACUGCUGUUCAUUUAAGAAUCCUAACUCAACUUUUGUCUCAUUUGAAUUAUUAUUUGAGUCAUUGUUUCUCCUUCCUUUCAGGGGCUCAGGGAGGAAAGGGCCUGGUGUUCGCUUUACAAGAGAGUCCUGGCAGAUAUCCUUUACUCACAAACAUGCCAAAGAUUUCCAGAGCUAACUUUAUUUGCAGUUCUCUUUUCAUUAACUGGUGAUUUCCUUGACCAGCUCUGUCACUGCAGUGGAGCUGGUGAUCUGCUUCUUCUCAGUCUGGUCCAUCUUGGGCCUCUCAGGCUUCCAUACAUAUCUUGUUGCUUCCAAUCUCACCACUAAUGAAGAUGUGAGUUCUGAUUUGAGUGCAGUCUUUAACUAACUUUGACAUAUUUGAAAAAAUCUGCAUUACCACAGGAGUUAAGCACAAAAAUUCUAAAGAAAAGCUUUGAAAUGUUGCAUGUUGAGAAGUUUUGGUUCCUGUCUGUCUCAGAUUAAAGGCUCCUGGUCAGGGAAAGGCGGAGAAGAUGUCACCAACCCAUACAGCCAUAAAAACAUCUUCAUCAACUGCUGUACUGUGCUCUGUGGACCCAUGCCUCCCAGGUCAGUAUGAAAUCUCACACACUGUGUUCUCUGAAAUGAAUCUGUAAAUCAAGCUACAGUUUUAUCUAAAGACGCCCUUGUUUUUCUGUUCUAGCUUGAUCGACAGACGAGGUUUCCUGCCCUCAGAUGAAUCAGCCCAGACUUCUGGUGUGGACAUCGAGCUGCCCUCUGCGCCCAGCAAAAGCGAGAUAAAUGUGGUAGGAGGAUCUUCCCAGCUUCUUCAGCUGGCUUUAGGCUUGCAGGAAUCCUCCCCUCCCCUUUGCCUGCACCCGUUGACUCCCAUCAGACCUGUUCCUCUUCCAGACAGGAGCCUUGUUGCCUGCUGUAGUCCUAGCUAAGCAUCUGUCUGCUGCCUGUGGAUGGGUUUAUCCUUAGAUAUGUUGUAGUUAUCCAAAAAGUGAAACUAAUUUUAUAUAAAUAGCCUGAGGGGAAUGCAUCCCAACAUUUUUGUAACUCUGCUUUCCUGUCUUUAGAUCUCAGCUUUUUCCUUACUAUCUAGAGGUUUAAAAAGCUUCUCCUCUUGAAAUAACUAUGAAUUAGUCAAGGAUUUGAUAGUAAAACUGUAGAUUAGCUCUUUUUUGAAGUGUAUGGAUGCACUGUUUAUGGCUUCUAUAUAUUGGCCAUUUAUUCAGUGAUCUUGUGUACUGAGGCUGUUGGCCUUAUUAGUGAGAUUAGCAGAGAUGCCUCCUCUAAGCAGGUCAGGCACCUCAGAAUACCUCAGUCUUGUUUACCUCGUAGUGAUGAACAGAUCAGGUACGCUCAUCUUUUUUAUAAGGGAGCGGGAAAACAGAUUAAUAGAGGAUUACCAACGUUUAGUUUCAGGGAGAAUAUUUUGAAAAAAGAUGAAGUUAAAGUUUUGGAAAUGAUGUCAAAAUGCUAAUAACUGACUUGAAGUACUGCCAGGUAUUAAAAGAUUUAAACUGGAGAGGAUUUUGUGAAUUUUAAGGAUUUUACAAAUAUCUGAAGAGGAUAUUUUUGGACUUUAUUUUUGAUAUCUUCACUUUGUUCUCAAAAUUCAAGUAAAAACCUUCCUCAUAUCUUUUUUCUUACACCUGACGGUCAUUUUGCACAAGACAGAUUAGGGCUGCUUCUACUAAAACGAGGAACAUAAACAAUCCUGUGAAGUGAAACUCAGUGUCCGAGGACAAACAGUGGCUGCAGAAACACACACAGUCUGCCUGUCAGCCUCUUCUUCUUUAUAAAGCCUCAGUUUCACAUGCAAUCAAUUCAGAAUCCUGAGAGUUAUUGAUCCUGUGAUGCUAAUAAAGGCAUGUAACUAUUUAUGAAGCCUUGACUAACAAGUGAUUUUCAUUUAAAUGUAUGAGAUUUUCCUUUUUCCCUGUGAGGUGGCCUUGCUAUUCUGUUUGAAUAUUUAAAAAGCACACUAACACUCCAUAAUUUAACUGAAAACAACUUUUUAAAUACCUUAUAUCUGCUUUUCAUACUCAUCUUACAGAUACCGUGAUCAAUAACUUAAAGUUAUGACAAUAUGUGACUCAGCGUUAUUGUUUUCAAAGUGGGAGUGAACAAGUAAUGAAGCUGCUUCUUCCUUACGGGGCCGUUCUCUAGUUCAGUGUUUCAGUAAAAGUCAUAAAAAAGAUACCAGGAGAGCUGUACAGGAACUUUCAUUUCACUUAAGGUACCUGUGGUUCAGGGAGAGCUGCAGUCGGAGUCUCUGUAAUCUCAUAACGCGAAAGAACAUCGGCUGUUUGGUGCUUUGUAAAACAAACAUUAUUUUUUAUGUUACACAAGACUGAUAAAGAUGUGUUCUGUUGACUCGGUGUACGAGUAAACUCAGUUUACUGACAGUCAGCUGAAUCUUUGUCAGGAAUAUGUUUUUUUUUUCGAGUCAAGUUUGGUGGCUCAAACAAGAGUUUUGGAUUUAGUUAAAAAAAAAAACAGGAAGAAAAAUGUUUCCAGUUUCUUGUUCUUAGUGUGUGUUUCAGUUCCCAUCUUCCUUUCUUACUGUGUGAUUGUAUUAGGGCUGGGGGAUAUGGGAAAAAGUUUAUCACAGUAUAUUUUUUCAUGUUAGUUGAUAUCGAUAUAUAUCACGAGAUAAAAAAUGAAAUUUAACAGUGUUUAUUGGUAGCAUGUCUUUUGCAACACAAAUAUUUUCUGCAUCUGUGAGGUCUUUGUGUCUCUUUGAUGUUUUGUCAUAAGGCGUUGUGCUAGAGAAAGCAGACUGAAUGGUCGGCUGUUUCAGCUGCACAGGCGCCAUGGGCUCCUUACUCCGCUCUGGGUUUGUAACCUUUUGCGUUCAGGUGGUGAAAAUGAUUUGAGGUAUUCCCCGACUUUGUGAGAACAUGUACUCGACAUAAUUUGCAGUGCACAUUACUCUGCUUUAUGUUUGACCUCCAAAAACAAAAAUACCUCCACACAACCGAUGUUUUCAUGCCAGUGUUGUUGACGAUGUCGUCAUCUGUUGAGCCUUCAUCGUCAUUUCUUUCGGGGGUAGCACUCAUUUUCUGCCGGAGCAACUCCCCUUUUCAUUGGCUAUUCGUAUAGUCUACCAAAACAUGUCAGAUUGCAGGUCAUCGAAAAGCAUGCUGACCAUGUUUUAUAUCGAUAUUGAGGGGAAUUAAUUUUUGAUAUCGUUAUCAUUUUAUCGCCCAGCCCUAGAUUGUUUAUGAUUCAGUUUUUUUUUUUCUAACUUAUCCCUCCUUUUAUAAACGUUUACAUAUCAUCAAUAUCUGAGAUGAAUUUCCACAACACAUUCUUUUUUAAUAUGUAAUAUACCCCUCCGUGUAUGACCCCAUUGUUUAUUUUCUUUUCCCUUUUCUAAUUGAUACAGAGCCCCUGAAGUCCCAGAGUAAACAUUUUUAUGUUGUAUGCCUAAGUUAUUAUGUUCUGCACUUAAUGUAGAGCAAUGCCUGUGAGCUAGUUCAGGCAGGCGACCAAAGCUGUUUAGCUAAAUACAAUCAUUUUACAUACACAACUUUCCUAUAUCGUCAUUUUUUGACAAAAAUGAGUUUUUGGCCUCAAUCAUCUCUAAAUCAUCUCUUGAGAUGAGGGUGACCAUAUGGUGGUUUUAUAGCCAGACCCUCGGCUUUGCAGUUAUCACUACUGCCGUCCAUCUAUACUACGCUUAAAGCUUCAGCCCAUCACCUCCUCAGCAGUCGCUUACAGACUCCAGCUAACGGUUUAAGAUUCUGUCAAAUCACUCCGAAAUCACUGGAGCUUCAUUGCCAGCUAUGGUUUUCUGCUGAUGCAGUUCAGUUUCGCCAAAUAUAACCCGAAUGACAGCCCGCCUGAAAUAACUUUGUUGAAUAUGCAAGAUAAAAAAUAUCCGCACUGUACCUCGGGGACCUGAGGAGCUCUGUAAUUUUAUAUGUUGGAUCGAAAGGAAACCGUCGUCAGAGUCUCUCCCAGUGUGUCAUUUCCCCCAGUCUUACUCUGCUGUCCUGUAUGUGGUGUGUCUCUGUGCCGGUGUCCUGCCACCUACACUAGGAGGAGAAAUGUCUGGACUUUGCUGUGACCUGCACUGGAUGAUUAGCGUCUGUUAGUGCAGGGAAAGUGAAGCUUGAGCUUGGAGUCAGAGAGUCCAGAGUCUUUGCCCACUGGUGCACUUGCGUGUCAUAUUGGCUGGCUCCUGCAUGCUACGUUGAAUUCACUGCAGUUUUCAUUAUGUUGGAUUAUGUUAAAUUGAUCCACAAUGGACAGAUGUGUAUUAAACCACAGCAUGUUCCUGGAUAUAAAAUGAAUUCAGGAUGUAUGGCUGUAAAAAAUCUGACUUUACUGAAUAAGAUUUACUUGAAACAUUUAUGAUACCACACAUUUAUCAUAAUGAGGCUGAAUUAAUAACUGCAUUUGGGACAUGAUCACAGACAACAUAUAAUAUACAGAAAAUAAGAGUAUGAAAUGUGUCUUCUGUGCUAUGCAAAGGAGAUGGAUGAAGCAUGUUCUGUCAGCCACCGUUACGCCUUUUGAUAUGAGGCUGUAGGGUCUUGAAUGUUUGUAGCUGUAAGUGUCGACUAGUGGACUGGAGGGUGGAUUUGUGUGCUGCUGAUGCCUUUAUCUUGACUGGCAGGUCAUGAAUCAAAGUUGUAAUGUCUUUUCAAUAUGCUCAUUUUUCUGUUUUUAUAUUCUCCUUCACUCUAAAAAAGGGACAAGAAUGUACAAAAAUGACAUGCUCUAUUGAAGAGGGCGCACACUAGAAAUAAGAACUGUAACUUUAAGAUGGAAAUGUUGAUAUAGUACAACCUUGAUUGAAGAAAAAAAAAAAAGACACUGAAAAAUUUUGAUGAAAAGCAGUUUAACAUUUUAACUCAAUGCAAAGACUGGGGUCCAUAUGGGCCCCAUAUGUGGAAGCUGCGCCUCCCCAGUGGCUGGCCCAGGGUUUUCCCCCAGUCUGUUGCUUUUUUACUGCAUGUCACUCUCCACUUUUUUCCCCUUCCCUGCUCUGUCCGCUGUCCUAUCCUCUCCAAACAAAAGGCAAACAGCCUAAAAGAUGACGAUGACAGCAUAUCGAAUGGUUUUGUUUUCCAGAUAUUAUGUUUUUGUCAGAGAGGACCCCGCAUGUUUCAGUAUAAGGCUUCCAAACCAUAGUCUGCACAUAUUACACCAGUAUGGCACUUAAAUAGAAGAAUCUGGGCGAUGGUGUUUCCCACCAAUACCAACUUGUCACCUGUUGAAAGUAUCUGGUGCAUCAUGACACAAAAAGUAUGACCCCAAACUGUUGAUCAGCUCUAUCAGGUGAGAAAUGGGACAUUUCACUUCAAAACUCCAGAAAUUGGUCUUCCAGUCCUUAAAUGUCCACAAAGUUUUGUUAAAGAAGAGAUAAUGCAACACAGCGGUGAAUAUGCCUCUGUCCAACUUUUAAACCUAUCGUUGACAUCAAUUUCAGGAUUUUCUUGAAACAAGUGGACAUUUAAGUUUCAAACUUUGAUUUUUCUUCUGUUCUGAUUAACCCUUUACUGAGCAUCCAGACUUUUAAGGUUGUUUAUUUCUGGAGCAGUCUUUGAAAUCAUUUUGCAGAGCUAUCAUACUGUAUGUUUCCCGAGGCCUACUGUGCCUUCACAUGCAGAUCACAUCCAGUUUUUCGCUUUGGUUUCGCUCAUGCAGCGUCCUUACUCUCUCAGCUUCCCAUGAAUCCCUCACAGCUGUACUUACAUUCACUGAAGUGAUUUAAAGUCCCGCUGUUUGACCUUUCAACACUGGUUUGUCUGAUCACUUCCUGUGUUUUUUCCUUCCCUUCCUCUUCAGUGCACGCAGGGAACUAAAGGUCUGCUGGAAUCGGCCACACGCUCUCCCCUCAUUACCACCUCGUGUCCUCAGGGGAAACCUCAAGCCGCUCAUACCUGCCCAGACAUCAGCCCCGCCAUGAACUCUGACCCUUCACCGGAGGUUUCCACAAGUUGCGGGGCACGCCAUAUCAUGAUCUCCCACGGUGAUACCUCUCCGCAGCGUCACACCAAGACCCGUUCAAAGAGGAGUAAAAGAGCAGCGUUGCAUAUUCCUAACCCAGCUUUCGAUGUCCCUGUGUCCCCUACCUCUCCAGAUGCUGGCCUGGGCUCCAAAUCCGGGGCCCAUAAAGGUGCCAGCUUUGCUCCUUUGCACUGACUGUCAGGAAUAACGGCUUCCUCAAGAGAAAACAUACUUUGUUUGAAGCUUGCAUGCUGUGAAACAGUCAUGACACAAGUUUUAUGAAGUCCAAAUUUUCUUUAUUUGUUGGUUCUGAAACUGCUGGGUCCCGUCAUAAUGUAUGAGGAUGACAAUCAGGAUAGUAUGUUACUGUGUAAUGAAUUUACUGGAAGAAUAAUAUCACCAGAGAAGACUGAUUGACUUUAAAGACUAAAACAUAUAGACCAUACUCCCAUGGUGGCCUUUGACAUCACUAUCAGGGUGGGAAACUUGUAAAUUCUCAUGUAUUAAUUGUGUAAAUCAUAUAAACCCUGAUAAUCUGAAACAUUUUGGUAAUUUCACAUCUCAUUGGUUGAUUAGCAGCCACACAGACUUUGGGUUAUCAAAACAUGUUUGAUGACCCACUAGCAUUCAGCUCCUUCCUAUGUAGCAAAUAUGUUGAAAAAUCACAGACACAACAGAAACAGUUACAUUGCAAAGGUGGAUUGAUUGAUGACGUACUUUGAGUAUUAUGUUGUGUAGGCGUCUAUUUUUACAUCACUUUAGCUAUAGAUUUGAAUAAUAGAUACGACGUUCCCCUUUGAGCUGCAUGUCUACGUGGCAGCCAUCUUGGCAGGGGCAUCAUUCCCACUAAAGGCAAUGCAUGUACAAUGAAAAUAAAUGAUAUAUAUAUAAAUAAAUAACUUGCUCAUUUAUCAACCGAUUUUCAUAUGGUUUACUUUAUUGUCAGUGCCAAAACACAUGCUAUUAAUACAGACUAUCAUAUUUAAAACAUAUUUUCUGUAUUAAUAGCACGUUUUGGCCUUAAAAAUGAAGUAAACCGCUUGAAAAUCAUGUAAAAAAAAAUAGCAAGAUAUGAUUUAUUUUCCAUGUACAUCUAAUUCCUUUCACGGGACCAUUGCCCCUGCCAAGAUGGCUGCCACGUCGGAACGUUGCUUAGCGGGCUGGUACUCGCUGCACACUGGCGAUAACCAUGUAAGCAUUUAACUGAAAGACGCUCAUAUACAGGGUCACAUCAACAGUCUUAUUGUAAACUCGACCUUCGAGUAGGAUGAGAAAUCUUACUUGUGUACAAGCUUUUUCCUUUAGAUAAACCAUCAAAUGGUAAAUUAAUUUAAUAACAUUAAAAAAAAAGAAUAAAGACAAUAUUUUAAGGCUUCUAACCCUUAUGAUGGAAGUAAAACAACUACACAGGACUGUAUGGGUGGUAUUGUUGGCUAACUAAUACAGUGUGAAAAUAGAUAGCAAUAAUAACAAACUGUUGAUGCUAAUUGGGUUUCUAAGUUUCAUUAUCUGGGACACUAUGAUAAUGCGUGAAAACCUACAAGUAACUCACAAGAAAACGGCCACUGUGGGAGGGUCUAUUGUGAAGGUAGUGUACUGUUAGAGCCAUACACCUUUGUGAUGAUGUUUAUGUAAAACAGCAAGUCUACCAGCAUGCCAGAUACAUCAUAUAUUGUUAAACAGUGGCUUGAUGUAUAAAGUACAAACAUCGGGGGCUUGAAAAGCUUCAAAUAGAUGCUCAAGUUCAGAAUUUGUCUCCAUCUGUAAAGACGAAAGCUGCUGUUGAAGGUUACGUCCAUCCCAAAUCUACAGAACUCACAUGUGCUAUUUCUAUAACAGUGUAGAGCUCUAUUUAAAAAGUGAAUCUGAGCCAGUUUUCUCCUUAAGCUGUACAGCAGAGACACAGUUUAUACCAAUGACAUCAUGAUGAAACUGAUAGACAGUGAAUAAUGGAAGAAGUUAUACGACUAUGACAGCAUCCAUGGAGCUCCUUCCAGGAAAUAGGAGACAUUUUUCCAUCUGAACCUGAGAGUACAUGUCAUAUUUCUUGGUUAAACAGAAAGAUGACGAGCCAAAGAAAAGGUGUCCUACUUUCUGAUUGUGGUCCAGACAGUAUUGUUUUGUCACAUUUGAGUAUGCAGGAGAAAAAUACCUGAAUCGAACAAAAUGUAGCUUGUAAUUUAUAUCAACCAGUGAUCAUGAUCCAGCUGAUGAUAUCCUUUCUCACUUCCCCUCCACUUCAACUUAAUUCUGAAGCACAGACUUCUGAAAAAAACAUGGAUGUCUCAGUUUCUUCACAACUUAAGGAGUAUGAGCGAAUUAAAGUAAUAACCAUUCAGAACAUACCUGUUAUUGGUUACAUGUUUAAUUUAUAUUUUUGCCUUUUAACAUGGGUGUUAAUGGAGAUUCCUUGGUUUUUGUUGCCCGCCUCAAGUGGCCAUAUUAGGUACUGCGGUUCUUUUGCACACGAAGCAAAAUUUCUUAAGACCACAGAUUGCCACUUUGUCAAAAUUCACCAAACAAGCAACAAACAAAUGUUGCGUAAUAAUUAAAACAAUUAAAAUAACUUUAUUUCUAUGGCGCUCUCCAUGCAAGUUGCAGCCAAAAUGUUUAGAGCCCCUGUGAAGUUUUUGACUAAUUGUUAAACAAAAUGAAUUACUAAUUCUUUAUGAACCACAAAUGAACACAAGAACAUCAGCAACAAGACUGAUGAAUCGAGUUCUUUAAUUUUUAAUGCCUGACACCCUGUUAGAGGUCAGUGUCAGACCAGGUGAUUGACAGCAGCCUGAAGAAACAACCCCUCUUUACACUUUGACUGGUCAAUAUUCACAGUGAGAGAAGUUCUGCACACAUAGCUCACCUUCUUUUACACUGAAAUCAUAGCUGUGAGUUCUGUUUUGGGUGGACUAUCCCUUUAACCUCACACAGGAAGCAUAGAGAUAUCAGUGUGUAACUGUUGUAUUGGUGUUGUUCAGAUUUCUGUUAUAUAUAGAUAAAAGGGAAUGCAUCUGCAUGAUAAUGACCUAAGAGAUAUUUUAUGGAUUUUUUUAUUUAUUUAUUUAUUUUCAUUUUAAACGCCUCAAUGAUUUUUUUUCUUAUAAAGCUGUGAUAUGUAUUUCUAAAUAUAUGGUUUACACGAGCAGAUGCGGUGUUGCACAUUGCCUGUGCUGCACCCAGAGACACUUAUGAAGAUUUUGGGCCCCUCUGCUUCACAACCCCAAAUGUUUUAAUAUGUUUCAGUCAUGUGCCCCUAAAAUCAUCCUAACUUCUUGUCCAAAACAGUGCCCCUGACUGCACCUCCUCUUGUUGAGUUAUUUAUUUCAUACAGUGUUUUAAAGUCUUCAGUUAAACCUCACUUUCUCCUCCUCAGUUUGUUUAAACAUCUGCGAUACUUCUUCCCUCCUCCAUAAAACUAUUUAACUCUGUUCGCUCUGACGGAUCCAUGAAAAUCUUUGUAGAGAUGCUGAUUGUUUUUUCUCAGGUGGAAAUAAGUGAGUAUUACGUAUCCAAAAUGCAAGUUCUACAUUGUAACCAGAUGGCAAUAGCUGCACAAAAUGCAUCCAAACAAUCCUCUCCAUCUCGGUGCACACAUUCACAUGUGUACCUGCACACUGUCUGUGAUUAUUUCACCUCAACAGUCUUCCCGUUAGUGAAGCAAAAUCACCUCUUGUGCAAUAUUUUCUGUGUGAACAUUUAUCCCGACAUCUUCCAAAUGCAAGUGAGAAUGAAUGCAGACAAUGCAUUUCCAAAAGGAAAACACUGUACUGUAUUUGUAUGACCAGUAAGGUUAUUUGAACCAAUGCUCCUUUCAAAAUAAAGGAAAAGGGAAAAAGGAAA